CACAUUGCUGACUGAUUCUGUGUUGUCGUAAUACCACCGUAUUCUCACAGUGUCAAAACAUGGCGAAUAUAUUCUUUUUAAAGACGUUGAUCUUUACUUUCAUUAUGAUUUCAUCGAAUGUUUCAGGUCAGUGUAACACCCACACGCCCCCUUGCUCGUUAACAUGUCGGUGUGGAACCUCCUCUGAUGUCUGUCUGCCUGUGCAUGUGAUGGGUUGUGGGAGUCUGGGAUGUCGGCCCGGGUGGAGCGGUCCCACGUGUCAGAAACAAAAUAUUGUGUACAAAGCAACAAAAGUGGACUCAAGUAGUGAAUUAUCAGUGUCUAACAGUGACAACCUGGCCUUUGACGGGGAUCUAACCUCUGUAUUUCGUUCUGCAAUCGAGGCUAACCCGUCCGUGACAGUAACAGCAACGAGCUCCAGACAUCCCAUUCACACCAUCCAGAUAUACAAUGGAGCUACAGACCUCAAUGACCUAUCCGGUUUCGAGAUCUACGUCAGCGCGUCGUCUGAUUUCAUUAACUCCAAACUGUGCUACAGAGAUACCACGGCUAUAGGAAAAUCGGAGUACGUCAUUAACUGUACACAGCCUUUGACUGGUCUUUACAUCAAACUGCUCGUUCCCAAGACCACGAGCCUUGCCAUCCGCGAAAUGGAAGUAUACGUAUGUGGAGAAUACUGGUUCGGAAGCGAGUGUGAUCGUCUGUGUAACUGUCAGUCUGCUUCCACAAGGUGUAACGGGGUAACAGGGGCGUGCCCGUACGGAUGCCCGGAUGGACGCAACGGAACUGACUGUUAUUCAGAAUGUUUAGCUGGUAGAUUUGGUCGACAAUGCCAGAGUAUCUGUCACUGUAAAAACACUGCAUCGUGUGACAAAGUGGACGGGACUUGUGACGACCAGGGUUGUGCUGUCGGGUUCAAGGGAGACAACUGUCAGCGAGCCUGCAGUUCCGGAGAGUUUGGAGAGGGCUGUGAAGGAAAGUGUCACUGUUACCCGGUCAACAAUUGUGACAAGGAGACUGGACAGUGUGCGGGGGAUUGCCAAGCCGGAUUCAAGGGAGACAAUUGUCAGGAAGAUUGCGAGGUCGGAAAAUAUGGGAGGAACUGCGCAGGAGAUUGUCACUGCAAAAACCUGACCUCGUGUAACAAAGAGCACGGAAGAUGUGAUGCACUGGGCUGUGAAGCAGGGUACACAGGAUCAUAUUGUAACAGAGAAUGUUCGACUGGCCGGUUCGGAGAGAAAUGUCAGUACAUAUGUCACUGUAAGCACGCCAUCUCGUGUAACCAUGUCAACGGAACAUGUGACGAAGGCCGCUGCGCUGCUGGAUACAAGGGAGAUAAUUGUCAAGAAGUUUCAGGAUCCACAAUAAAUGUUCAUACCCCAGAGCCGAAUAAAAACGUGCAAAUCUACUUCAGGACGAAUAGAAGGUCACUAAUUUGGGCCAAAUCUCCCCAAAACAAAGAGACGGCUAGUAUCAAAGGGAGGCCUGAAUCAAACAAAGCUUCAUCCACUGGUCUUCUGGCGGGAGUGUGUGUGCUGGCGGGGAUUUCCCUCGUGCUGAUGAUCUAUGCUGUUAUCUCCACUGUCAAGGGACGGCGCUGGUACAUAAGAUUUCAACAAGAGAUCAAGUCACAUUAUGAUUCCGCCCAGGUGCCACGAAGAGAAAGAAGCUCAGAGAUCUACGAAAAUACGAAAUAGGAUCAGGCGAAUUUGAUGACUGAUCUGAACCGGCGCCUAGGGUCUGCACUAAAGUGUACAUUUAGUAAUUUGGGGAAAGCCGGCCAAGGUGAUGAAAUUCUAACAUAAUUACAGUUUCCUGCGAACAAGCCAUUCCUGAGAAAUGUUUGCUCGAAAAUCUUUGAUUAACCAGAGUAUUUAUCUUACGGAAAUAUAUUAUUGAGAUACGAAAGCUUUUAUCUCGGGUUUCUGCACACUUAUAUAUAACCAAAGGUUUGACUAUUUCGUUUGUCACCCAUUUGUUUUUUCAUUCUCAAGAAAACAUAUACACAGCUUUAACCACGUAAGAAAAUGAACUCGUCCUACGACCUGUCUUACGAAGUUUUGGCAAACUACGCUUAGCAUAAUUUCCAUGACAACGUACAGUGAAGACAGCGUUUCCGCAGGUCAGUUUUGUAGAAAAUAUAAAGAAGGUAACAUAAAUACAACUUAAAGUAAAGAAGUCUUAUUAUCUUUCUAUAUUCUGUCUAUCCUGGUCGUGCGACAAUCCAGAAAUCAUGUAUCAGUUGCCAAAAUAUAAUUGGAUAUCACGGCUUCAAUAUUCGGAGUUGCAUUUCCUUCCAUCUUAUACAGGUAAGAAACACGUGGCCAUGCAAAAUGGGCUUUACAUCCAUGAGUGCGUUUUCAAAGCUGACGAAACUGUGCGUCAAACGCAUUUACCAUGGUGAUGUAUACAAUGGUGUAGUAAACGUUGUCAUGGAAGUUACGCCAGGUAAAAAAAUUACGACAGAUUUGUAAAACGGUAUGCUGUACAAAUUUCAAGAGACAGGUGCUGCCUAACUGUUUAAACAGUGACCGUUUGGCAGUCAGUCAGUGUUGUUCGUAUAUGUGGGGAAAAUACAGACGUGAUGAAAGUGUUUGUCACUCAGUUUUAUUGUGUGAAAUUUAAUGUUUUGUCAGUGUGGUAACUAGAUUGUGAAAUGCGCCUUUACAUCUUAUGCUAUCUUGUACCUGCUUAUCUGUAUAUAAAUAUGUAUAAUUAUAUUUACAUGAAGUUAUAAAA